CCCAACACCCGCGCCGAACGUCGUUCUCUAGCGCCCCCUUCACUCUCCUUUGCUUCGGCUGCGUAAAUGCUGGUUUCCUCGGUGCUUCCUUCAUUCUGUUCCCCUUCCGCGUUUUUUGGGUUCUUCCUCGCCUGCUGACUUCCGUCGAUCCUCAGUGGCAAAAUGACAAUCAAAUCCAGAGCAGCGGUGGCUGCGGUCUUCCUUUUCAUGCUUUUGUCACCUAUGCUCAUCUCCUCCUCUAGUGAUGGAAUGGUCAGAAUUGGACUGAAAAAGAGAAAGUUGGAUCACGUGAACCGUGUUGCUGAACAAGGUAAUUCAAAGGAAGGGGGGACGCUGAGGGGUCCUCUAAGAAAGUACUAUCUCCAUAACAAUCUUGGAGAUUCUGAGGAUAUUGACAUUGUCUCACUGAAAAACUAUAUGGAUGCUCAAUAUUUUGGUGAGAUUGGAAUUGGAACUCCUUCCCAGAAGUUCACUGUGAUUUUUGACACGGGGAGUUCGAAUCUUUGGGUACCCUCAUCAAAGUGUUACCUUUCGGUUGCUUGCUAUUUUCACUCAAAGUUCAAGUCCAGUGAUUCAAGUACCUACAAAAAGAACGGGAAGUCUGCUGAAAUCCAUUAUGGCACUGGAGCCAUUUCAGGCUUUUUUAGCCAAGACCAUGUCAAAGUUGGUGAUCUUGUUGUUAAGGGUCAGGAAUUUAUUGAAGCUACCAGGGAGCCAAGCAUCACAUUCUUGGCUGCAAAGUUUGAUGGUAUACUUGGACUUGGGUUUAAAGAGAUCUCAGUGGGUGAUGCUACUCCUGUGUGGUAUAAUAUGGUCAAUCAAGGGCUUAUCAAGGAGCCAGUAUUUUCAUUUUGGUUAAACCGCAACACUGAAGGGGAAGAAGGAGGUGAAAUUGUGUUUGGUGGGGCUGAUUCUAGUCACUAUAAGGGAGAGCAUACAUAUGUUCCUGUGACUCAGAAAGGCUACUGGCAGUUUAAGAUGGCCGAUGUCCUCAUUGGGAAUGAAACUACUGGAUUUUGUGCUAGUGGUUGUUCGGCCAUUGCAGAUUCUGGGACCUCCUUGUUGGCAGGCCCUACUACUGUCAUAACCCAAAUUAACCAUGCAAUUGGAGCUUCUGGAGUGGUCAGCCAGGAGUGCAAGACAAUUGUUGGGCAAUACGGAAAGACUAUAUUAGAAAUGCUUAUGACAGAGGCAAAACCGCAAAAAAUAUGUUCUCAGAUUGGUUUCUGUACCUUUGAUGGGACCCAUGGGGUCAGGAUGGGUAUUGAGAGUGUGGUGGAUGAGACCAAGGGCAAGUCAAGUGGUGGUUUACAUGAUGCGAUGUGUAGUGCAUGUGAGAUGGCAGUUGUAUGGAUGCAAAAUCAGCUCACACGAAAUCAGACAGAAGAUCAAAUUCUGAAUUAUGUUAAUGAGCUUUGCGAUCGAAUUCCUAGUCCAAUGGGUGAAUCUGCGGUUGAUUGUAACAGUCUUUCUUCCAUGCCAAGAGUUUCAUUCACCAUUGGUGGUAAAGUGUUUGACCUUGCCCCAGAGCAGUAUGUUCUUAAAGUUGGGGAGGGAGGUGCUUCUCAGUGCAUCAGUGGAUUUACUGCUUUGGAUGUGGCUCCACCCCGUGGACCUCUGUGGAUCUUGGGAGAUAUUUUCAUGGGCAAGUACCACACGGUGUUUGACUACGGAAACCAGCGAGUGGGAUUUGCUGAAGCAGCUUAGCUUCUGCAGUUGUUACCUUACUGUUGUGAUGCGAUGGUGCCUCUAUCCAUAGACGCUCAUCUGGACUUUGUAAUGUAAAUAUCGUGGUGCAAUAUGUUUCUAAAUUUAAACUAGACAGCGUGAUCCUCUGACAUUUGUCAUCUGAUUAUCCUGUAAAACAUAAGGAGCGUGAGAUAAUAUUGAAGUUCACGUACUGUAUACGAAGUCAA